AGCCACGCCUUUUCGUCCUACUGCCCGUGCUUCCCGCAGCCAACAUGGCGGCUUUCGGUGUGUCCUGCGGUGCAGCUGCUUCGUACCGGCUCUUUCUUGGGGGUAGGGUUAGCUUUGCUCGGGGACAGGGCCUCUGGAAAGCCGCGGCUGCUAAGCUGCAGAGAAGUCUCGGGUGCCAGAUAUUAAGGUUAAGACACACCACAGUUGUAACAACAAGGAAAAAUGUUACAGCCUUAAGACGUGAAACUUACACAGUGGAUUUUAUUAAAAAGCAGAUUGAAGAAUUCAACAUAGGAAAGAGACACUUAGCCAACAUGAUGGGAGAAGAUCCAGAAACUUUUACCCAAGAGGAUAUUGAUAGAGCGAUUGCUUACCUUUUUCCCAGUGGUUUGUUUGAGAAGCGAGCCCGGCCAGUAAUGAAGCAUCCUGAAGAGAUUUUUCCAAAACAAAGAGCAAUCCAGUGGGGAGAAGAUGGCCGCCCAUUUCAUUUUCUCUUUUAUACUGGCAAACAGUCAUAUUAUUCAUUAAUGCAUGGAGCAUACGGAAAGCUACUAGAUGUAGAAAACCGUCAAGACCAGCUGCGAGCCAAAGGUCUGUUUUCAGAAAAAACUAAAGCCAAAGACCCGAUUGGCAGCAGAUGGCUGAUUAAGGAGGAACUGGAAGAAAUGUUAGUGGAAAAACUGUCAGAUCAAGAUUACGCACAGUUCAUUCGGCUGCUGGAAAGGUUAUCGGCGUUGCCGUGUGACGAGGCUGAAGAAGAAUUUGUGGGCAGGUUCCGCAGGAGUGUAACCAUUCAAUCGAAAAAACAGCUGAUUGAGCCUGUGCAGUAUGACGAGAAGGGUAUGGCCUUCAGCACAGGCCGAGGUAACAGAAAGACUGCAAAGGCAGAAGUGGCCGUUUAUGACCAUGGAAGUGGGAAGAUAGAAGUAAAUGGGGUCGACUACCUGCUCUACUUUCCGGUGACUCAGGACAGAGAGCAGCUGAUGUUCCCUUUCCACUUCCUCGACCGGCUUGGACAGCACGACGUGACCUGCACGGUGUCGGGGGGCGGGCGGGCGGCGCAGGCGGGGGCCAUCCGCUUGGCGACGGCGAGAGCCCUGUGCAGCUUUGUCAGCGAGGACCAGGUCGAGUGGAUGCGCCAAGGUGCGAGUUCAGCGGGACUGCUUACUGCCGAUCCCCGUGUCAGAGAGCGGAAGAAGCCAGGCCAGGAGGGAGCCCGCAGGAAGUUCACCUGGAAGAAGCGCUGAGUGUUCUGGGCGGGCAAGGAGAGGGCCACUGUGCACCUGGCACGCGGCAGACGCGCAGGAGACGGUUGCUGGCUGGGGUGAAGCAGCACCAUCAGACGUUUGAGUUGUGAGAUGAUUUACUCGAAAAUGCAAUGUUGUAAAGGUUACCUUCUAAAAAUAAUUAUUUAAAACUGUUCAGCUUUGUUCUGCUGCUUUACUUUUAAAACUUUUUCAGAAGAGAGCUUUAGAAGCAUAACUCAGAAUCUUGGCAUAUUCAACCUGAAAGGAGCAUUCAGCAAAAUCCAAUCAAGAGACCACCUUUUGCGGACAGAAAGGCCCGGCCCCACAGAUCUGCCCCACCAGAGCCGCACUGCUAACCUAAUGUCAGGACGGACUUGGACUCACUCCCCCUAACUCGGUCGUUUUCCCAGAGAGCAGUUGUUACGGCAUAUCUUUCAAGACUGACGGACGAGAGGCUUGUUGAGAAGAGUGAAGCCCGUGGAGCAUCUUUGUCCGGAGCCCAGCCGAGUCUCUGCGGAAGACAACAGGCCAGUCCCCCCCAGCCCCCGGCAGCCACGAUUCCACUCUCUGCUUCUGAGUGUGACUCUUUUUUUUUUUAAAGAUUCUACGUAUAAGUGAUACCACGCCCGAGUUUGCCUUUCUCUUUCUGGCUUAUUUCACUUAGCAUAGUACCUUCCAAGUUGGGUAGAGACUUGCAUUUACAGUAUGAAUUAGUUCUGAGGAUCUGGCUUUAGCGUGUCUGUGAAACCUUGAAAUAGGUCCAGAGUUCUAUACAUGCGUCACUUUUUCUGGGCUACGUAGUUCCAUUGCUCUCACAAGAUGCCCAGAGGGGUCCCUCCCUAUGAUACUGAGAACCACGGGCAUGAGGAGGGUUUGGGGGGUUUUUCAAGGGCAGUAAGUCCGCCCUUUGUGUGCAGCCCUAGAUCCAGCAGGUGAAGCAGACACCAUGGUGAGAUCUCAGGCCUGACCUGGUGGGAGCAGGGGUCAAGGGUAUUGGUCAUAAUCUUUAUCUGGCUGGGAGGAGGGUACAUGAGUGUCCGCUUUACUAUACCUUUCAAAUGUGAUACGUGUGAUUUUUAUUAUGAACCGUUUUAUGAUAAAAGUGAAUGAAAAACCA